GGACCCUUAGCUGUCAGAAGAGCCCACUGGCUGCUGUGGGGCAAAAAGCGCCGGGGCGUCGGGUGGGCAGCGGACCAGGACCCCGAGGGCAGCGGCGGCUUCUGGGAGCGAAGCUUGGGGAGGUUUGGGGUUCGGGACAGCCAGCCGAGGCCGGCCGGACGGCAGGCAGGCAGGCGGGCAGGCAGAUAAGAUGGGGAACCGGGAGAUGGAGGAGCUGAUCCCGCUGGUGAACCGGCUGCAGGACGCCUUUUCGGCGCUGGGGCAGAGCUGCCUUCUGGAGCUGCCGCAGAUCGCUGUGGUGGGCGGCCAGAGCGCGGGCAAGAGCUCGGUGCUCGAGAACUUCGUGGGCAGGGACUUUCUUCCUCGAGGGUCAGGCAUUGUAACGAGAAGGCCUCUUGUUCUACAGCUUGUCACUUCAAAAGCAGAAUAUGCUGAAUUCUUACACUGCAAAGGAAGGAAGUUUACAGAUUUUGAUGAAGUUCGUCAAGAGAUUGAAGCAGAAACAGAUCGAGUGACAGGAAUGAAUAAAGGCAUUUCAUCUAUACCUAUUAAUUUACGAGUCUAUUCCCCACAUGUGCUAAACCUAACCCUUAUUGACCUUCCUGGAAUUACUAAAGUCCCAGUAGGCGAUCAGCCACAAGAUAUCGAAUAUCAGAUUAGAGAAAUGAUUAUGCAGUUUAUCACUCGAGAAAACUGUUUGAUUUUGGCUGUUACACCUGCAAACACAGAUCUUGCCAACUCAGAUGCCCUGAAGUUAGCUAAAGAAGUUGACCCUCAAGGUCUGAGAACUAUUGGAGUCAUCACCAAACUUGAUCUCAUGGAUGAAGGAACUGAUGCAAGGGAUGUUCUGGAAAAUAAAUUGCUUCCUCUUCGAAGGGGUUAUGUGGGUGUGGUAAAUAGAAGCCAAAAAGACAUUGAUGGAAAGAAGGACAUUAAGGCGGCUCUACUGGCAGAAAGAAAAUUUUUUCUUUCCCACCCAGGCUACAGACACAUUGCUGAUCGAAUGGGAACACCACAUCUUCAAAAAGUUCUAAAUCAGCAACUUACUAACCAUAUUCGAGAUACAUUGCCAAGCUUCAGAAGCAAGCUUCAGGGACAAUUACUUUCCAUAGAACAUGAAGUAGAAGCCUACAAAAACUUCAAGCCAGAAGAUCCAACAAGAAAGACAAAGGCUCUGCUGCAGAUGGUUCAGCAAUUUUCAGUGGAUUUUGAGAAGAGAAUUGAAGGAUCAGGAGAUCAAGUAGAUACGUUGGAGCUCUCAGGUGGUGCAAAAAUAAACCGCAUUUUCCAUGAACGAUUUCCUUUUGAGAUUGUAAAGAUGGAGUUUAAUGAGAAAGAACUGAGAAGAGAAAUAAGCUAUGCAAUCAAAAACAUUCAUGGUAUCAGGACAGGAUUAUUUACUCCAGAUAUGGCAUUUGAAGCAAUAGUUAAAAAACAAAUUGUAAAGCUAAAAGGACCUUCACUGAAGAGUGUAGACCUGGUGAUGCAGGAGUUAAUCAAUACUGUAAAGAAAUGUACCAAAAAGCUUGCAAACUUUCCAAGACUUUGUGAAGAAACAGAACGGAUUGUUGCUAACCACAUUCGUGAAAGAGAAGGAAAGACUAAAGACCAGGUAUUAUUGCUGAUUGACAUCCAGGUAUCCUAUAUUAACACCAACCAUGAAGACUUCAUUGGCUUUGCAAAUGCCCAGCAAAGAAGCAGUCAGGUUCACAAGAAGAGUGCAGUUGGAAAUCAGGGAACCAAUCUUCCGCCUUCAAGGCAAAUUGUUAUUCGGAAGGGAUGGCUAACAAUCAACAACAUUGGAAUUAUGAAAGGAGGCUCCAAGGAGUAUUGGUUUGUCCUUACUGCAGAAAGCUUGUCCUGGUAUAAAGAUGAUGAGGAAAAAGAAAAGAAAUACAUGCUUCCCUUGGACAACCUGAAAGUUCGAGAUGUGGAAAAAAGUUUUAUGUCUAGCAAGCAUAUCUUUGCACUUUUUAAUACAGAGCAAAGGAAUGUAUAUAAGGACUAUCGUUUUCUUGAAUUGGCAUGUGACUCCCAAGAAGAUGUAGAUAGCUGGAAGGCAUCUCUACUAAGAGCUGGUGUCUAUCCUGACAAAUCUUUAGGGAACAACAAAGCUGACAAUGAUGAGAGUGGUCAAGCAGAAAAUUUUUCCAUGGACCCACAAUUAGAAAGACAAGUGGAAACCAUUCGCAACCUUGUAGACUCCUACAUGUCAAUAAUCAACAAAUGUAUUCGAGACCUGAUUCCCAAAACAAUAAUGCACCUUAUGAUCAACAAUGUCAAAGACUUCAUAAAUUCAGAGCUCUUAGCACAGUUAUAUUCCUCAGAGGACCAAAACACUUUGAUGGAAGAGUCGGCUGAGCAGGCUCAGCGGCGUGAUGAGAUGCUUCGAAUGUACCAAGCCCUUAAGGAAGCCCUCGUAAUUAUUGGUGAUAUCAAUAGUGCCACUGUGUCUACUCCUGCACCUCCUCCUGUGGAUGACUCCUGGCUCCAGCACUCUCGUAGAUCGCCCCCUCCAAGCCCUACGAACCAAAGGAGACCAACAUUAAAUGCUCCUCCAACUAGACCCACAUCAGGCCGAGGACCUGCUCCAGCAAUUCCAUCCCCAGGCCCCCAAUCUGGGGCUCCACCAGUACCAUUCCGUCCAGGACCUUUACCUCCUUUUCCUAGUAAUAGUGAUGCAUUUGGAGCACCUCCACAAGUUCCAUCCCGGCCAACACGGGCUCCUCCCAGUGUCCCAAGCCGGAGACCACCUCCAUCACCAACUCGUCCCACUAUAAUUCGUCCAUUAGAAUCUUCCCUCUUAGACUAAGUGAAAUUUCUGGCAUGGCAACUAAUUGCUAACGAAUUAUAUGAAACCAACUAACUUGAUAACUGUUGCAAUAAAUCAUGAGUAGUCGCAUGUGUGGACAUCUGUAGGCAAGUAACCAGUUUUACUAAUACUUUCAUCAUUCAUUCUCCAUUGCCUGUGGCAUUUCCAAUCUUUGGGGAAGGUCCAUAAUGCUUCAACCCAUGAAAAUGACUGACCUUAUAGAAUCUUCACAUGGGCAGGGUUUGGGGUGCAGUCCUAUAUAAAGAAACAAGAACUUAGAGAAUAUAUAUUUUACCUGCUUAUGACUGAACUUGGCCUUUCCAAAUUUAAGACCAACUUGCUUUAAUGAUGCUUUUCCAUUAAGGAGCAUUCCUGUGUAAUAAAGAAUAGUAAUAUUAUGCAACACAUACUUCUUUCCAUAAAUUCUAAUUAGGGUAAGAGGAAUUCAGUUGUCUGUUAUUAAAGCUGCUGCCUGCUCUGUAAUUACAUACUCAGAUUCCUUUACCCUCUCCUUCCUUUCACAGUCCUGCUGAGAAGUGGUUUCAUUAUGAUUUCUUAGGAGUCAAAGCUUUCAAAAUUUAUAAGGUGCUUUGCUAAAGAAAACUCAUUGCAUUGCAUAAUAUAAAGACCUUUUCCUUCUACUGAUUUGUUUUGCUUCAUGUACAACUGUGAAUCAAAGCUUGUUCUUCAUUAAUCAGUCAGUGGGCAUAGCAGAUUAAUUUCAGAAUUUAAAAGUGAAGCAAAACACCACAUCUGUCAUAGUGUCUGAGAAACAGUCUUUCUUCUUUCACAUAAGUAUUAAUAUCCACAUACCAGUGAUGGCUGCCAUGAUUUGAAGUAAGGCAGGAAGGAAACUAAUACAAAAUGAGUCUGAGUCCCUGAAAGCAAGUCCUUUUGCCGCUGUGAAAUGAGUGGACUGACCAACUGCAUACUUUGAAGACAGUUUUGUGACUUCAGUUCAUUCACAUUGACUCCAUUUUCUGAUUAUUAUCUUGAAUGUUUUGGUGGAGGCAAGCAUUCCACAUUAAUUUGUUAUUCCCUUAAUUAAGCAUUUGUUUUAUCCAUUUUCCAUAGUGAAAUGUCGAUCUUUGGUUGUUCAUACCAUUCUUAAUAAAGCUUGGAGCUUAUUAAAAGUAGCCACCUGUUAAAGGAUGGGUUAUGCAACUGAGAACCUGUCAACAUAGGUGUGCUGUGGUGUGAAGAAGAAACUAACACUUUUAAAAUCACCUAGCUCCCAGAUCCAAUUUAAGGUCACUCAGUACCCUGAGGCUUCAGAAGAAACACUCAGAACAUUCAGAUAUGAAACAAAAGUUAGUCUUAAAGAACUUAAAAGAACUGAAUCUUUUUUUCCCCUUUCUAAGGUACUUUGCAAUUUGUUUUUUUCAAGGGCAGAUAAGACGAUCAAUUAAUAGUUCAAUCCUUAGCAUUGAGUUUUGUGCUGCUGAGAACUAUAUGAAGUGAUAUGAGGAAAACCUCUACAAACUAAAGUGAAUUUCAUCAGCUAUUCUCAGACAACAGAUUCAUAUAAUAAUUGUGUCACAUGAUACUAUCUCAUAGUAUACAUAAGUAAAUCAGAUUUUUCCUACUAAAAUCCUUUGCUUUGACAGCAGUUCACAUGAUUUGUAUGUUAGUUUAACUUUAAUUUCCUGUCAUUUAUACCCAAAGCAGGCAGUUAUAGAGUAUAAGAUUAAAAAAAAUUAAUCAAUGGGUAACAAUUUCAAAAAGAGGAUUUCCUAAGUUCAGUGGUUGAAUAAGGUAUUUUCCUUAUUAAACUUUAUAAAUGUUCAACAUUAAUUUGAACAAUAAAAUAUUAUAGGUAGUAAUCAGCAAAUGAAGUUGCAUUUGGUAACAAGGACAUGUCAUCUUUAUAGUUUCCAAAUAUUUAGGUUUGAUUUAUAGAUCAAAGUAGGAAAAAAAAACCUAUUCCUUAGCUAUACUAUUUUCCCAUUUCUUGUUUUCUCCUUGUUGAAAAAAAUAGUCUCCCUUUGCAAAUGAAUGUUCAAUGUCCAUAUUCUCUUUUUUAAAAAUAUGUCUUAGGAAAGUGGAAAAUAUUAAAUAACUUAUCAGAGUUAGGGGAUACAAGACGACAUUUUCAUAUGAAUCUCCAUUUUAGGAUUUCCUUUUGUCCUUCACUUUCAUUAUCUUAAACAGGCAAAAAGGCAACCAGCUGUCUAAUACUCUUCCCACUUCAGGGGUUUGGCUUAGUACAAAAUGUGGUUUUACAUUUUGCUGUAUUUAAAAAAAAAUUUCCUUCAAGUUAAAGGAAAAUAUUGUGGAUAACCACUGGUGCAUUUUAAAAUUGUCUCAAACCAUGUCAAAGAAAAUUGCAUAUUUUUUUCAAGUUUCUUUCCACUGAUCUUAUGCAGUCAUAAACAAUACAUUUGUCAUCUUUGGCUUUCACUCCCAGAUUAUACCCCCACAGUUAAACUUUUGGCUACAACUGCCCUCUUUUUGGGGGUACUGUGUUUUGUGUUUUCCCCACUUCUAAGAUGUUUCUAAUAGACUCUAGCCACCCUGAGGACUUGGACAGUCAUGUGUGCUAUAUGAAUUGUUUUUUAGUAUUGUUCCCAUUUCCCAAAGAGCUCAUGUUUUCCAAAAGAGAGAAGCUGAUGUAAGGGAAAUCUGAACUUCUGAAGAAUUUUUGCUUUGGGGCACACCCUGCACAUAUGGCCUUAAGAAAGGAAUAUACCUGAAUGUGUGGUACAAAUGUUUACCAUGCUGGCUCUAGCCUCCUAUGGAACUUUCUUUUAAGCUAGCUGCUCAACCUCUGUAACUCCUACAAUCACAGCUCUAUCAUAUCUGGCACAGGAGAGCAAAUCCUGAAAGCAUACAUGUAGACACGAUGGCUUGAGGUAGUUUUAUUUCCACAAACAAGAUAAAUACUGCAUGCAUACUGACAUGUUUUGAUAACAGCUGAAUUAGAUGUGGACAGAAUGUUGAAACAGACUUCACUUUCAACAAGUAUAUUUCACUUCCAAAAACCGGUAGCAAACAUUUAACUCCUCAACAUUGCUUUGAGCCGUGCUUCAUUAGGUAGAUGGGCAGCAGGAUCUGCUUAUUAGCCAAUUUCCUAUUUGUUGGGAUGGAAACUAAGUCUAACCCUAAACCUUAGAAUGAACAGUUUCCUGAGCUAUUUAGGUAGACUAAGCCUUCUAAACUUAAAGAAUAAAAAUAGUCAAGUAGACUUCUGUGUAGACUGUAGCCAUAACUCUCAAAUAUGAAAAGGGACCUAAUACCAGUAUGUUAUAAAUGUUGAUGUCUGAUGUGUACAAACCUAUUUUUAUGCAUGUGUCACUCUGUAUACAGUAAAUAAUGAAUCAUGUUUAUGUAAGUACACGUGUUUUGUGGAAGUUCAUAAAACAUUUGAUAAAAUGUUUCAAGCAUGGGUAUGAUUUAUAAAUGUAUAGUGUGCAUAUAUAUGUGUGUGUGUAUGUACAUGUAUGGAUGUACAUAUCUAUAUGUCCAGUAUAGGUGUUCGUAAAGAUAUUGCAAAAAAAAAAAAAACCUCUGUUAAUGUAAAAGGUAGUUAUGAAGGACCUAUGGAAACAUAUGGCAAUUAUCUAACAGAAAACCAUCUCUCAUAAAAUAUUUGAGUCUUUUGAUCCAAAUUGUAUUCAUUUGAGAGGAGACACAUAAACUCUGAGAAUAACCUUGGUAUUCUGUGCACAAAUGAGUUAACAUAACAUUCACAGACAUUUAAUUUAGAAUUCAGAGUUGUGCUGUCUGGACAUUUUUUAUUCAAACAGAUGGACAUAAUGUGCAAGAUCUGGAAACUCACAUUUUAAAGUUUCUUAUCAGGAAUCCAGGCUGCUCUCUGGGUCAUUGAAACUGAUCCUAAAAAGUUGAUGCACACACUUGUUUUCUCUAUGCCAUAUGUUUCCAAGAAUAAAAUGGAGAGAGGUGACAAAAUAAAGAAAAUUCAGGCUUUUCAAAAUAAAUUUGAUGGAAACCUGAAGGAAAAAAUCCUUUUCAAAUUUAUUAACCUACUAUUAUUACAUUUGGCAUUUAGUAUUAUUUGAAAAUCAUCCAAAAAUUUCCUUAGUGUUAUGCAAAGUGUCCAAGCACCACAUUUUGAAAUUAUAGAACUCAGUAGAAGAAAAUAAUUUAAGAUCCCCACUAUGAAAUUAGAGCAGGAGAGGCAUGCCUGCUAUGAGUAGUAUUUUAAAUGUUGGUGAUCCUGAAUAAUCCUAGAGAAAAGAAUACUAGCUCAUUCAACCACAUAGAAUCUGACUUUUUACCCCCAAAAAAGCCUUUCUCGUUAUAUGGCUACUGAAUCAAUUUUGUCACCCUGGCUGGUUGAUUUGUUGUAAAGUAUGUGGUGCUCUAUAUGCAAACUUUAACACUACUUUGGUGUAUAUCUUGUAUUGUGUAAUUAUAUAUUUGUAUAUAUGUAAGUGUGUGUGUAGAGAGACAGAAAAGAGAGAGAGAGAGAGAGGGAGGGAGGGAGGGAGAGAGAGAGAGACAGAGAGACAGAGAGAGACAGAGAAAUGGAAGAAGUGAAGUGAAAGAUUUUUUUGUUUGUCCUAUUAUCUUCAUACUGGUGUAUUGGUGAGACUUCUCACCUCUCUGGUCUGGUGUUUUACAUAAGGUUCAACCGUUUGAUUAUUAUUGUUAUUAUUAUUGAUUUGUUAUUGGUUUAAAAAUUUAGCUUAGGAAUACUUACAUCUUGCUCUCUGUGUAAUAGGAUAGACUCUUGUCAUAAAUGAAUAUUAUUCUGCCUGUCUUCCCUCUUGCUUUGUCUGCAGGCGAUCUGAUAAGAAUGGCUCCUCCCAUCCAGAAAGUCUACCACUGUUAUUUGAUUUUUGACUUACUCAGUGUUACCAGCCUGUUUUAUUUGUGUUGUCUAUGUUUCUUUUCUCUCUCCUUUUCAGAACCAUCUAAACAUUUUUUUUAUAAAGAACAGUGUUCAGAUAUUAGCAAAAUUUGGUUCUCUCUGUUGAUUCUCUAAUUAUUAAUCUGAGCCAGAAUAGGUCCCACUGACCUGCCAGGAAGGUUAGUGAUCUCCUAGCAUUGAUACCCGAACCUGGAAAUGGACGGGUUAUUUGCAGCAAGUUCCUAAAGCCUGUUGUGUCAUUUUUGAAGGUCAUAUGCACUUGUGAAAAUUGUGAAGUUGUAUUUCUGAACCUGAAAUAAAUUACAACAUUUGAAGGA